GAGCAGGAAGCGGUGCUACCGGCGGGGGUGGGGGUGGCAGUGGAGGCGGAGGUGGCGGGGCAGCCGGCAACGGGACUUCCGGCAGUGAUUUCCUCCGCAGAAGUCACCCCCUCUCGGAGCAUACGGCCCUGCAUCCCGCCUACCGGCUCAACUACAUGGACCACCUUUACCACCAGCUUCAGGCCUCCACGCACAGUCCCAACGCCUCGUUACACGGACUGGGUGGUUUGGGGCCCGAGUACCUUCUGCACGCGGCGGGGCCAGCGAGCACCCUUGCUUCGUCGGAAUUCCCUUUUUCUAUCGACGUGUCAGCAUCGUCGAGGCUAGGAAGUCCAAGAGCUUCCGCUAUUAGAGCGAGCCGGAAACGGGCGUUGAGUAGUUCACCAUACUCGGAUCGUUUCGACAUUGACAGCAUGAUCAGAUUCAGUCCAAACAGCCUUGCCUCCAUCGUGAAUGGGUCCCGAAGUAGCAGCGCGAGCGGCAGCUACGGUCAUCUUUCUGCCGCAAUGAGUCCAGCAUUAGGAAUGCACCCAGGAAUGGCACCUCACUUGCAGCAGCUACAGGCUCACCUAUUGAGGAGCGCAGCUGCAGCAGCUCUCUUACCCCAUGCUCACCCUUUGCAACCCCCAGCACCGCCACCUCCUCCACCCCAUCCUCACCCCCAUGCCCACGGAUUAUCGCCACAUUCGCAAUUGUAUCCAGGCGUGCCACCCCAUUCAACAGCCUCGACACCACUCGGACCCCAUGGGGGUGGAUUACCACCAAAAAGUGAGAGCGCAGAAUCGUGCAGGAAGGCGUCGGAAUCAUCGGCCAGGUCAGUGACAGCGGAAGCGGACACGUCUUCGAGAAGAGCCUCUGCUAAAGUGAAGAGAGAACCAGCAACGACAACCACGAAUGCGGCAACGACAACGGCACCACCGACCCAUCCCCAGGGUCUCAGUCCCAGUGAAGAUCUUCGAGACGAACCUGGUGACUUCAUCGAGACCAACUGUCACUGGAGAGACUGUGGUCUCGAGUUUCCCACUCAGGAUGAUCUCGUAAAACACAUCAACAACGACCACAUUCAUGCAAACAAGAAGAGCUUCGUUUGCGGCUGGGAAGAAUGUUCGAGAGAAGAAAAACCAUUCAAAGCUCAAUACAUGUUAGUGGUUCACAUGAGAAGGCAUACCGGCGAAAAACCCCAUAAAUGUACCUUUGAGGGCUGUUUUAAAGCCUAUUCCCGAUUGGAGAACCUGAAGACUCAUCUCAGGUCUCACACCGGUGAGAAACCGUAUACCUGUGAAUAUCCCGGGUGUAGCAAGGCCUUUAGCAACGCCAGUGAUCGUGCGAAACAUCAGAAUAGGACCCAUUCCAACGAGAAACCGUACGUCUGCAAAGCGCCAGGCUGUACGAAAAGGUACACCGAUCCAUCGUCCUUGAGGAAACACGUGAAGACGGUGCACGGUGCCGAGUUCUAUGCCAACAAGAAGCACAAAGGAGGCGGAGGUGACGGUGGCGGAAGCGACGAGGCUGGUGCAGGAGGUCACAGUCCUAGCAGAAGCGAGGAUCUCCAUCCGAAGACGCCCAGUUUAUCCAGCCCCAGUGUGAAGUCUGAAAGCGAAGCUAACAGUCCGCCUAUGAUGCAGCAACAAGGCAGUCCAUUGGUUGGUGGCUGCAACGAUGAAGUCGCCGGUGUCGGUGCACUGACUGGUGAUGGCGUUGCUCUUGCUGAAGAACCUUGGAACGAGGAACCUGAUGACUUAGACAUCGCCGAUCUCCCAGUUGCUCUUCGUGCCAUGGUUGGUGGAAUGGAAUCGCAGCAACAGCAACAGCCACCACCUGCAGCCUCCAGAAAUCGUCUGAAGGGCAGACUAAACGCCAAGGGCAUGCCCAGCCUACCUGUCGGUGUGUCUGGAAUAAGAGGAACACGCGGAAUGGGUCCUCAGGGUAACAUUGGCGAUCUGAACAGAAGGAUCACCGACUUGAAGAUGGAAGGAGGUGGUCCCGCUCGUCAGACGAGCCUGUCCGAUCUUCAGCUCAGGCUACAGCCACUGAACGAACCACGAAGAGACAGCAACAGCACCGUCAGCACUUAUUACGGUAGUAUGAAGUCGACGGACUUCGGCAGCAGACGAAGCAGUCAGGCUAGUGGGGUUAGCGCCGUCAGAAUGGGACAGACUGGGCCUGGUAGCUUCUACGACCCCAUUAGCCCAGGUACAUCCAGAAGGAGCAGUCAGAUGAGCACCACUUCUGGCAGAAUGAACCCACCGAGUCAUUUUCAGGGACCCUACUCGACCAGCAAUCUUGUCGUUCAGACGCAGAACAUGUCUCUUCAGGGUAUUCAGGGUAUGCCAGGAGAUUGGAACGGUCCCACUGGUCACUGCACCCAACCUUCAGGUGAUCGUCGUAUGUCCGAACCUACGAGGGGACAUCAAGCUCAAAGGAAUUCACCACCUAUGCCACCUAGGCCAAGGUCAGCCCAGCUUCCUGAACACCAUCCGAAUCAGGAGGUUAUUCUGGACGAAGUUGGAGAAGGGGAAAUGGUGGAAAAUAAGCUGGUCAUUCCUGAUGAGAUGAUGCAGUACUUGAAUCAGGUUCAGGCGAGUGGUAACCAGGUCAGUUAUCGCAGCAGUCCCUUACCCAUCUGUCAAUCACCCAUAUGCACCAAUCCCUUGCAUUAUCAGCGUCAAAUGCAACCCACCUGCAAUUACAGCCAGUCGCAUCAGCAAAACUGUUACCCACAGCAGCAGGCUACCCAACCACCUUGCACAAACUAUCCAAACACUUCUCCAUCUCCUUACAAUCAGUGUCCUAGUUCCAGACCUGCUCAACCCAGCCCCCAAUACUGUCCUCCGCCCAGUUAUCCAUCUCAACCGAACGGUGGUCAGGUGCUGAGUCCAGCAGCGGGUCAAGUGAUGUCACCAGGAUCACACUAUGCACCCAGUCACAUCAGCGAUCAACCUCUGACCUCGCCGGCAGCUGGUGCUCUGGCGCCUCAACACGCUCCUCAGAAUCUCCCUCAAAACUCUGCUCAAUUAACCAGGAACUGUCCUCAGAACCACAUGCACCAUGGCUAUUACCCCAACUACGGCUGUCAGGGACAGAUGAACACAAAUUGCACCGGAAAUCCAACUGGCCAAGUGAACCAUCACGCGAACCCUGGCUGUGCCCCGCCAAAUCACGCCACCAUCACCCAACAACAAUGCGUGCAGAUGCGUUCACCUGGAAAUUGUCCUCAGUUGUCGCCUCACUGCACUCAGCAACCGGCUAUGCCUAAUCAGCCCACCAUCAACCAUCCUAACUCGCAGUGCGGUCAGGCGACCAGUCAAUGUGCCAGGCCAAUGGUGACACCUAACGGUCAGCUAUCCAAUUUGCAGAGCGCGGUAACGAAUCAGUGCGCUCAGAUGUCACCGCACUGUUCACAGCUGAACAUGAAUCAGACCAAGCCAGUGGCCAACAUGACUGGUCUCCAAAGCUGCCAACAACAAGCUCAACAGACCACCCCAUGCCUCCAGAUGCCUAACUGCGCACAUCCCAAUGGCACCCAUCGACAAGUGACUGACAAUAGUCUGCCGAAGAGGACAUCGCCGCAGUUGUGCACUGCGCCGCAGACCAAUUGCAGGGUGCAAUUGCAACAACAGACCUGCGCCCAUAAUUGUCAAGCUCGAACCAAUCUACCUAAUCAUCAACAGUACAGUUGUAACUGUCAAUGGGGUUACGGGGGCGAUCAGUGUUAUCACGAGCAGUCUGGUACCAGCCUGCCCGAGAUUCAGUGCCAGGACAUCAGUCAGUCCCAACAGGGCUCACCCAUAAAACCUCCUCAGGGUAUGAGGCAAGACUCGUACAGAAGGACACUCGAAUACGUGCAACAGUGCAGAAAUUGGUCGGGCAAUGCUCAAACUCACGAGACUAACGUCUCCAGUUCUACUCACCCUCUGUCACUGCCUCAACCCCUCCCAACGAGUGCCAAUAUGGUGGUGAACGACAUGACCUCCUCCUUGAGUUCAUUGCUCGAGGAGAAUAGAUACUUGCAAAUGAUCCAGUGAAUGGUAUAUUUUUUUAUUAAUUCUUCUUUAACUCUUCUUCGGACUUAUAAAUUCCGUAGAUGGUUUCUUUGGAGCAUUUUGUUAAAUUCAUCAGGGCAAAUUAAUUUACUUUGGAACAUUUAAUUAAUUUAAUUUAAAAUUCUAUUUCUAAUUCGAGGAAGGGUUAACCAUGAUUGGUAGAAGUAAACAUUAUAAAUAUAUACAUAUAUAAAUAUUUUUUAUCGCAAUUUUUACUACGAACUGAUAGGAGAAAUCGAAUCGUUAUUGAUUAAAAACAGAGAGAGAGAGUUCUAGCGACUUAGACUUUUGUAUUUUUUAUAUAAACCAGAGACAAAAUGUAUUUUCUAUUGUACUUGUUAAGGGGUCCGCGAAGUAGCCAUAAAUUACUUAAAUUAAUUUAGUGGAAUUUUUAGAUCGUGACCUCACGUGUGGAUGAUAUUCUCGGUGAUUAAGCAACGAAGUGAUACCUAUUACGAUAGAGUUCAAAAGUGUCGUUAAUAUGCUACGUGUUGUUUAAUAGGAUAUAAUAAUAUUUGUACAAACAUUUGUGAAACAACGAGGUGCCUUAUGGAACGAGCUAAAAUGCACGCGCAACAGAUGCUCCAAAUACAUAAUUUAUUUUUCGGAGAAUUAUAUUUAAGGAGAUGUUGUCGAAAUUUACUUGUAAAUUUAUCGAAGAUACUACGCUUACGCGCAGAAUAAUAAAAAUGAAUAUUAAGAGAUCCUUGUUAAAACUAAAACGUCUGUCGCGCAACUUGAUCGUAUAAAAAUAUUUGCGUCAGAGACAGCAAAAUAUUUUUCUUUCUCAUAACAUAUCUUUGUACCGUAUCCUCGUACAACCAGUCCUUUCGAAACGUGCCAACGUACCGUUUUUCGUUUUUUUUUUUUUUUUAUAUUUCAUCUCGUGUCAUAGUGUAAGUCUUCUAAUGUUUACUUACAAUUAGCGUAAAACGACGAAUGGUGUACGAUGUACACUGUGAUACGAACCGUUCACGAUAUGAAAAAGGUACCAGUUACAAGAUAUCAGUUAUUGCUACGAAUGAGAUUAAUCGAUGAAAAUGAUCACGUAGAAGUUCAAUACUAGGGUAUAAAGUCUGUAGAUAAAUCGUAAGAUAAGAAGAGGAACGAAACGUGUGGACGAUAAUAUUUUAGACAAUCAUCUCGCGAGAGUGAACGUGAAUGAGUGUGUUCGUAGGUUUGAGUGUGUUUCAUGUCAUUGUAAAGAGACGUAAGAUAAUUUGCGAGCUCAUUUAGCUGAUACAAUGUUCGGUUUGACCGAAAUCCAACAAUUUUCCAAGCAUUUUCGUCUGGAGUGCCUUUGCGAUCAUCGAAGAAUGAAAUUGACAAUUUGGCGUACCUAGAACUGUCUUUUUUCUUUUUUUUUUUUUUUUUUGUUAUACAAACGAGGAGCCUUUGUGAAUAUUAUACAUAUCUAUGGUAUACAUAUAGUUUAGUGAUCGAAGCUCAUGUACGCGGAGGAGAGAAAGUUUUU